AUGUUUGCAUCUGUCUUGGCUUCGCUUAGCAACAUCCCGAGCGUUGAACUUCGAUCCAACGCCCAGCGACGACGGCAACGACAACGACAACGACCAGCGCUUGUAGACGCAGUAUUCCAGAGUCCUUAUUUCAAGAUGACGAAGGGAACUUCCAGCUUUGGCAAGCGCCAUAACAAAACUCAUACUUUGUGCAGACGUUGCGGUCGUCGCUCUCUCCACAUCCAGAAGCACACAUGCUCGUCUUGCGGCUAUCCGUCCGCUAAGACCCGGAAGUACAACUGGGGCGAGAAGGCGCUCCGACGAAGAACCACCGGUACUGGACGCAUGCGAUAUCUCAAAAGUGUUGACCGCAAAUUCAAGAAUGGGUUCCAAACUGGCACUCCAAAGGGCGCUCGGGGCCCUGAGAAGCAUUAA